CUCCGCUGCCGGCUGCGCCCCGCGCCGCCGCCGCCCCCUGCGCGCCGCGCCGAUCCCCGAAGGGUCGGCAGCCCCCCCGGCGCCGCCGACGUCCCCGAAGGGCGCCCUGCCCGCCCUGCUCCUCCUCCUCCUGGCCUCGCCCGCCCCUCUCGGUUUCCAGAACUCGGCAGCUCCCGGGGAGGCGCGUUGCGUCCAUCACCUCCCAGAUCCUCGCCGCCUCCUCUUAGGAUCUGACAGAAAAUUCUGUGAAAACAUCUGGGAAAUUUUCAUUACCCCUCCCCCCAGGUUGGCCUCAGGCCAUCCUGCAUUAUUAGUGACUCUCAGGGGGCAUUGCCACAUGAACACAACCAAAACAACAAAUGUUCAGAAUAACCUCCAAGUAUAGAAUCCUACAGUCACCACUGCAGAUGUCAUGGAUGUAUCUGAAACGUCAAGUACAGAAUUGAGAGGAAAAUCCUAUCAAUGCCUCGUGGAAAAUUAUAAGCAAACAUCAACUGAUUUCAUCUGAUUGGGGUUGUUCCCACCAACAAGAAUUGGCCUGUUCCUCUUUAUUGUAAUUGUUGUUAUUUUUCUGAUGGCUCUAUUUGGCACCCGGCCCAUGAUUCUCCUCAUCUUCCUAGACACCCGUCUCCACACACCCAUGUAUUUCUUCCUCAGUCAGCUCUCUCCCAUUGACCUGAGCUACAUCUCCACAAUUGUUCCCAAGAUGGCUUCGGAUUAUCUCUCUGGAAACAAGUCUCUCUCCUUCACUGGGUGUGGGGCUCAGAGCUGCUUCUUCUUGACUUUAGCAGGUGCAGAAGCAUUGCUCUUGAUAUCUAUGGCCUAUGACCGUUAUGUGGCUAUUUGCUUUCCUCUCCACGCUCCCGUUCGUAUGAACAAAAGAGUGUGUGUUCUAAUGAUAACAGGAUCUUGGAUAACGGGCUUGGCCAACUCCUGUGCCCACACGGUCUAUGCCUUCCGUAUCCCCUAUUGUCAACCCAGAGCCAUCCACCAUUUCUGCGGUGAUGUCCCCGCCAUGUUGACACUGGCCCGCGUGGACACCUGGGCUUAUGAGUGCACAGUGUUUGGGAGCACCAUUCUCUUCCUUGUGUUUCCUUUCGUUGGCAUCACAUGUUCCUACGGACGGGUCCUCCUUCCAAUCUGCCGCACGCAGUCAACAGAGGGGAGGAAGAAGACCUAUCCAACCUGCAGCAGCCACCUCACUGUGGUCACUUUAUACUUUGUACCCUUUGCUUACGCUCAUCUAUGCCCAAGGGCCUUCCGAUCUCCCACAGAGGACAAGGUCCUGGCUGUCUUCUACACCGUCCUGACCCCAAUGCUCAACCCCAUCAUCUACAGCCUGAGAAACAAGGAGGUGAUGGGGACCCUGAGAAGAGUGAUUCAGAGAAUCUGCUUUGUGAAAAUAUAGACACGUUUUUUGCAUAUGUACCAAACAUUGAUUAUAAGUCCAUUCCUCAGUUUGCAGUAAAUAAAAUAUUAUUUUAUGCUUAGAGUGGAAGGACUAAAAUCAGAAGAGAGGACAAUUACUCAGUGCGCCUG